GGGAGGGAGGGAGAGAGAGAGAGAGAGAGAGAGAGAGAGAGAUAGAGAGAGGAGAGAGAAGUUCAAAAUCAAGCUCCAAUGGCGGACCAUUCCCCUUCCGGCACCGAACUUCCCCAAAACCAGAACGAAGAACUCAACGAGGCAGCGCCGAUUUCUCUUGACGACGAAGUCGAAAACGAGGACGAUGAAGAAGAAGAAGAAGACGAAGAGUAUAUGAGUGAGGACGACUCGAUUGACGAACUGGAUUCAGAGGAAGACGAAGAAGAAGAUGAAGAAGAAGAAGGCGAAGGUGAAGGUGAAGGUGAAGCUUGCUUCUUGGGAGACGAGGGUUCCGAAGGGAAUCAGUGGAGCGCCUCAGAAAUCGACGGCCUUUUUUGCCCUAUUUGCAUGGAACCUUGGACUAACGAUGGCGAUCAUCAUAUCUGUUGUCUUCCAUGUGGGCACAUAUUUGGGAUGUCUUGCAUACAGAAGUGGCUUAAAAAGUGUCAAAAUCAAGGGAAGUGUCCUCAAUGCAACAGAAGAUGCAAACUGAAAGACGUCAGAAAGCUUUUUGCGGCGCGGGUUGUUGCCAUUGAUGAAGAAGCACAAAAGAGAAUUCAAUCACUUGAGAAUAAAUGUGCUUCUCUUGAGGAGGAGAGAGCUUGUUGGAGUAAAAAAGAAGCUGAGUGGAGAAAAAUGGAGGCCGAGUUACAAUUGGAAGUUCAACAGCUUAAAGAGAGCCAUCCCGAGGUUGAAAGGGCGAGGAGGAAGCUCUUGUUGGAUUACGAUUUGUAUUAUUGCGCGUUCGCUAAUACACGGGCAAAUGGGCCCUUUGAGUAUGGUCAGGAUGAUGCUCCACCACAACAUGGGUCCGGCAGCCCCAUUGAGAGAGGACCAACGAGUUUCAAUGACGGUGACGAUGUUCCUUCAACAAAUAGGAGACAUGGCGUGCACGGAGAAAGCCACGGACAACAUGUCCACUCACCAUCACGAUUGAUACGUAGAAGGUCAAGUCGUAACUCUCGUACAAUAUCACCUAGUUAUAUGAAGCGUGCCGUGGAUCGCCUCGUAACUUCGAUAGAAACAAGCAGUCGGUCUCGAGGUAUAAAUGCAUCUGCGACCAUGUCCGUGCAAAGUGAAAACGUUGAGGAUCAAUGCUUCGGUUUAUUGGCAACGUUGGAUAUAUCCCAAGAACAGUAUCUCUUCAUGUUCAACUUUAUGACUACCAAUCCUAGAUGGCAGCGGUCAUUCCUUCAUAUGCCAGAACACCAUCGGCUUGUGUGGAUUCAGCAUACUAUGAAGCAGUGUGCAAACCAACAAGUCUCUCCUCCGCCACCACAACAAAUGCCUAUGUCCUCGUUCUUUCAGCCAACCGUGCACACGAACCCUACACCUGCCAACACAUUUGGACAACCCACUUCCCCAUUUCAACCGUUCGUGCCACCGUUCCCAAGACCACCCUAUCCAAUGCCACGUGGAGGGGAUGGUUCUUCGCACAUGUGAUGAUGUCAUUUCAUUCGUUUUACUUGUUACGAACAUAUAGAGACUUGUCGAAAUUGAUUUGUUUAUGGUUUUAUUUCCUUCAUUGUUUGUUGUUAUUAGUACUAAUUGAGUCAUUCUUAUUAGGUUGC